GGCGUAUAUGGCGGCGGCCCUCUCCGCCCUGGCUGUUCGGCUGUCCCGCUCGGCGGCCGCCCGCUCCUAUGGGGUCUUCUGCAAGGGGCUGACCCGCACCCUGCUCAUUUUCUUCGACCUGGCCUGGCGGCUCCGCAUCAACUUCCCCUAUCUCUACAUCGUGGCCUCUAUGAUGCUCAACGUGCGGCUGCAGGUACAUAUUGAGAUCCACUGAAGCAGUUGCCUCCCGAAUAAAGUAUGAAGGAAAGAACUACUCUGGACAUCUGCCUCAAAAGCAUGAAGGGGGAGGAAGAUGAUGACGCCGACAAACUGUUGUGUAAAGUUAGUAUAAGACGACAGAAGGCGUUCCUUCAGCAACCAGAAGCAUAUUCGUGGCUGAAUCAGUCUGACUUUUAUUUUAAUAUGAGUUUCCCAAAAGAGCUCUUCUCCCUUAAUGUGAAGAAUGCGUCUUUGAUUAAGGCUGCCCUGCUGCAUCGUAAUAGCAAGAAAAUUUCUCCUCCUUUGAGAGAAAUUCCCACAGUUUCAACAUUGGCAACAUUGGCAACUUUUUCUCCUAUGAAAGAACAUUUUACCAAGGGGUCUUUCUGUAUCGAUAAACCUUCAGUGACUGAUUGGCUGGAAAAAGUUCUCUGCUCCAUUAAUGACCUUAGAGAUCGGUGUCACGAAGGAGAUAACUUUGUAUGUUCUGCCAACUUCUGGCUAUCCAGACUAUCUUACAAUCAAAAACUGAACUUGCUGCAGUUAGACACGGGCAUUAUUGAGGACGAACAGCGAAGUGCAUUUCUUGAAGGAGUAAGCUCUGAGUUUCAACUGAAUUUUAUGCUGUCUGCAACACUGUGUGAAUAUACUGCAGUGCUCCCGAAUGAUGAGGCAAAAUACACUAUCCUUGACCAUUUAUAUCCAGAGACUUCAGAUCAGACCACUGAAUAUAAGAAAAUGCUUUCAAGUUUAACCUGCACUAUAAACAAUCUUCAGAUAGCACUGUGGUUACUAGUCGUGUGCUUAUGCACUAGCAUAUCUCUGGCAUGCCAUAGUAAAGGUAGAAACAAAGCAGUAGUGAUGUACUAAAUGGUUUUUAAAGUGAAUAUUUCUGAUUAAACUUAGAUGCAAA